AUGGCUCACUCUCACUCCCACGAUGCUGGUCUCGACCACUCUCACGAUGACCCUUUCAACGGCCACGGCCACUCCCACGAUAUCCUCGAUGGUCCAGGCUCAUACGUCAACCGCGAGAUGCCCUUGAUUGAGGGCCGUGACUGGAAGGAUCGUGCCUUCACCAUUGGUAUCGGUGGCCCCGUAGGAUCCGGCAAGACAGCACUUAUGCUCGCCCUAUCCCAAGCUCUGCGUGACGAGUAUAACAUCGCCGCAGUCACAAACGACAUCUUCACAAGAGAAGACGCCGAAUUCCUCACCCGGCACAAAGCGCUCGCACCAUCUCGCAUCCGCGCCAUUGAAACAGGUGGCUGCCCGCACGCCGCCGUCCGCGAAGACAUCAGCGCCAACCUGCUCGCGCUCCAGAAACUCCAGAAGCAAUUCUCCACCGACCUGCUGCUCAUCGAGUCCGGCGGCGACAACCUAGCCGCGAACUACUCGCGCGAGCUGGCUGACUUCAUCAUCUACGUGAUUGAUGUCGCGGGCGGUGAUAAGGUGCCGCGCAAGGGCGGGCCAGGUAUCACCGGCUCGGACUUGCUGGUCGUCAACAAGAUUGAUCUGGCUGAGGCAGUUGGUGCGGAUCUUAGCGUUAUGGAGAGGGAUGCGGCGAAGAUGCGCGAGGGCGGUCCUACUGUCUUUGCGGUUGUUAAGCAUGGCAAGGGGAUGGAUCAUAUUAUUAACUUGAUUAUCAGUGCUUGGAAGGGGAGUGGUGCUUAUGAUGUUAGUUUGCAGAGGUGGAAGGAGGGCGCUGUGCGUGGCUCUGGGAGUAUUGAUGAGUAG